GGUCGGAACCAGGGUCGCUACGGGCCCCGGGGGUGGCCCCGACACCUGCAGGCGGCGAUGGCGGGCUCCGUGCACAGCCUGAGCGGCCUGCAGAAAACCGCCCUGCUCCUGGGCGUCCCGGCCGCCGCCACCGUGCUCUACAUCCUGUACCGGCGCUACCGGGAGAGCCGAGAGGCGCAGGUGACCUUGGUGGCGGACGAGGGGCUGGAGGUGGCGGUGAGGGUGCCCCGCACGGCGCUGAAAUCGCUGAUCGGCCGCCGAGGAGCCACCAUCAACCAGCUGAGGCAGGAGACGGGAGCCCAGAUCGAUGUGGAGGAGGAGGAGGAGGAGGAAGGGGGCCAGUCCCUGGUGCAGAUCUCGGGCUCCCCGGGCCAGGUGUGCCGGGCCAAGGCGGCCGUGCUGCGCAUCGUGGCCGACAGCGCGCCCGUGGCCGAGCAGCUGCGCGUGCCCCAGCACGCCGUGGGCAGGAUCAUCGGCCGUGGUGGGGAGACGGUGCGGGGGAUCUGCCGGAGCUCGGGGGCUCGCGUGGAGUGUGGCCAGGAGCCCGGGGCCAGCCUGGCCCCGCUGCGCUGCAUCCGCCUGCUGGGCACGCGCAAGGAGGUGGAGGUGGCCAAGAGGCUGAUCCUGGAGAAGCUGUCGGAGGAGCAGGCGUUCCGCUCGGAGCUGGCGCAGGCGGCGGCCGCUCGCUGCCCGCGGAAGCAGCCCCUGGGCAGCCGCCGGGAGCCACCGGGGCCGCUCCCGCCCGUUCCCACCGGCCCCGGGGGCUGCCAGGAGCGCUGGGACACCGAGUGGGCAGCGGAGACACCGAGCCGGGGCACGGAGACACCGAGCUGGGGCACGGAGCCGGGCACGGAGACACUGAGCCGGGGCACGGAGCCGGGCACGGAGCCCCGGGAGCCGCCCGUGCCCAAGUUUGAGGUGCCCAGCCCAGAUUUCAGUUUCCCCGCGGAUGAACACCUGGACGUUUACGUGUCGGCUGCCGAGAGCCCCGGGCACUUCUGGAUCCAACUGCUGGGGACGCGCAGCCUGCAGCUGGACAAGCUGACAGCCGAGAUGGGGCACUUCUACCAGAGCAGCGCCGCCGUGCCGCCCCCGUCCCUCCACCCCGGUGCCAUCGUGGCCGCUCCGUACCUGGAGGAUGGCGAGUGGUACCGGGCGCGUGUCCUGGGGACGCUGGACAACGGCCACCUGGACCUGUACUACGUGGACUUUGGGGACAACGGCGAGGCUCCCCCCGAGGCUCUGCGGGCCCUCAGGAGCGACUUCCUGAGCCUGCCCUUCCAGGCCAUCGAGUGCAGCCUGGCCGGGAUUGUCCCCAACGGUGAGGGGUGGCAGGAGGCGGCUCUGGACGAGUUUGAUCGCCUCACUCACUGUGCGCAGUGGACGCCGCUGGUGGCGCAGAUCUGCAGCUACAGCCAGAGCGGCCUGGGGCCCCAGCCCAGCGUGCGGCUGUUCACCGAGCACCACGGACAGAGCCUGGAUGUGGGAGCAGAGCUGGUGCGUUUGGGUUACGCCGUUCCCGGUCCCCCUGAGGAGCCCUCAGACGAUCUGGGCUGCGCCUCCCCCCCGAGCUCCGGGGCCGGUCCCGGGACCCCGUCCCCCCGCAGCCCCCCCGGUGAUCCCGGGGCUCUCCGGUGACGCCGCUCCCGGUGCGGCGUUCCCUGCCCCGGGAGAACGGAGCCGGGACCCCCGGACCCCUCCCCGGUGCCGCCGCCGCCGUCGUGCCCGGGGACAUCCUCACGGUCACCUGAAGCUGCGUGUGCCCGGUGCCACCGGCACGGUGACCGGGAGCCGCUCCCGGUGUCACCCUCCAGGUGACCGGGAGCCGUUCCCGGUGCCACCACCACGUGCAAUCCCCUCUCCGGAGCCCUCCGGGAGGCCGCACCGACAAACCGCGGGGAUCUCCGCUUGUGCCUCUUGUCGGGACGCGACACGCCGGUUCCGAGCGCCGGCGGUGCCCUUUCCGUUACCGGGACUUCCCGGUUCCCUCGCCUUGUUUGGCUGUUCCGUUGCACUAUUUGUGGUUCUGAGUUAAUAAAGUUGAAGGUUUCUCA